AACUUCGUGCCUCCGCUCCUGAGAGCACCACCCCUGCUGGCCCGACCCGGCCCCACGGAACGGGGGGAGGGGGGAGGUAUCCCAGUGACGUCAUACGCAGAGACUUCCGGUUCCCGCUCCUGGAUUUGGACUUUCACGUGUCGGGGCUUCCAGGUCUCGCUGGGCUCCUUCCGGCGUCUGAUGGAGGAGCCGGUCCCCUGGGAGGACCGAGCAGAAUCAUCAACAGCCUCCAUCCCAAGGAUCAAAAUUCAUGAAACCACCGGGCUUGUGCCUUAUAACACACAGGGAAGACAAAAGAAUGAAAAAGUGCUCACCUAGCUGGUGUUGGCUGAGGAUCUAGGCAGUUCUUCAGACUGUCAUCAUGGGUAUCCGGGGCCUGAUGAGUUUUGUGGAAGAUCAUCGUAACGAGUUCUUCACUGAUUUGAAGUUGCGGGACACAAAAAUUGUCAUUGAUGGCUAUGCUCUUUUCCAUCGGCUUUGCUUCAGUUCAGACAUGGAGCUCCAGUAUGGAGGGGACUAUGAUUCUUUUACAGACGUUGUACAAGAAUUUUUUGAAUCACUAUCUGCUUGUAAUAUACGUCCGUAUGUUGUAUUGGAUGGAGGAUGUGACGUUUCAGAUAAAAAGCUUACAACUUUAAAGGAUCGGGCCAGAGAGAAGAUCCAGAUGGCCCAUUCCCUUUCUGUUGGUGGGGGCGGGUGUGUGUGUCCCUUACUCAUCCGGGAAGUGUUCAUACAGGUUUUGAUCAAGCUGCAGGUAUGUUUUGUCCAGUGCUUCUCAGAAGCAGAUCGGGAUAUCAUGACGCUUGCUAAUCACUGGGAUUGCCCUGUGUUAUCUUCGGAUAGCGACUUUUGCGUUUUUGACCUGAAAGCUGGGUUUUGCCCCUUGAGUGGCUUUCAGUGGAGAAAUGUGAACACCCUUAAAGGCACCCAAAACUGCUAUAUUCCUGCCAUGUGCUUUUCCAUUGAUGCGUUCUGCCGUCACUUCAGCAACAUGAAUAAAGCUCUGCUACCUCUCUUUGCAGUGCUGUGUGGAAACGACCAUGUCAAUCUGCCCAUCAUGGAGACAGUCUUAAGUAAAAUACGUCUUCCUCUUGGAGCUACCAGUCCUAAGGGGAGGAGACACCACCGAGUUCUGGGACUUCUGAAUUGGUUGUCUCAUUUUGCUGGCCCUACGGAAGCACUAGAUAAUGUUCUGAAGCAUGUCCCCAAAAAGGAUCGAGCAAAUGUUAAGGAGCUUCUCUGCUCUUCCAUGGAAGAAUACCAGCAGUCCCUGGUGAAGCUGCAGGACUUCUUCCAGUACGGUGCUUAUGUCUGUCCAGACUCCUUGAACCUGGGCUUACCAGAAUGGGUACUAGCAGCUUUGACCAAAGGCCAGCUAUCACCUUUCAUCAGCGAUGCUCUGGUGCUAAGACGGACCAUUCUUCACACACAGGUGGAAAACAUGCAGCAACCCAAUGCCCACAGAAUAUCCCAGUCCAUCCGGCAAACCAUCUACGGGCUGCUUUUGAAUGCUUCUCCACACCUGGAAAGCAUGCCCUGGAAAGCACCACCUGCUCAGCCACUAGCUGUCAGCGAAGUGGAAAGGAUUAAUAAAAAUAUCAAAACAUCGAUUGUUCAUGCAGUAAAACUGCCUGAGCAUUAUUCUGACUUCAGCAAAUUGACUGAGCUUUCCUUGGAUAAACGGGAGAUGCUUCUGUUAGAAACCCUGAAGGUGAAGCGGACCAUCCUGGACCCAGUUCCUCCUUCGCUGAGGUUGCCCGUUGCUGUCAGCUCCUACUGGUUGCAGCACACGGAGGCCAAGGCAAAGCUGCACCACGUACAGGCCUUAUUGCUGGGGAUGCUGAUGGGGCCCUUGCAUGCCAGAACCAACAGCCCUGAUAAGGAAGAUGCAAGUGACGAUGGUGCCAAGGUGUUGUAUAAAGAGUUGCACAGAGUGAAGGCGCAGACCCGGCUGAGCAAGAAGUUGGACUUAGACGCAGCUCACGUCUUCUGUCAGUGGCAGUGCUGCCUGCAGAUGGGGCUCUAUCUCAAUCAGCUGCUCUCCACGCCUCUCCCCGAGCCGGACCUAACUCGAUUGUACAGUGGAAGCCUGGUGCACGGACUAUGCCGAGAGCUACUAGCAUCAGCACCCUCUGUGGAAAGUCUCCUGAGCAUGUGUCCUGAGGCAAAGCAACUAUAUGAACAGAUGUUCAAUGCCAUGCAGUCAUCUGCCCCUCCUGAGUCAUUCCUACCAAAGGGUAAAUCACAUUCAAAAAAGAAAAGGCAGAAGAAACAAGGUAGCAGCUGGCCAAAGAAUAAAGUGGGAACCACCUCAGGUACCAAGUGUCGGCAUGAGGGAAGCAAUCGAUUUGGGCUGUUAAAGGUUGAAAACUUGGAGGAGCAUGUUGAGGCCUCAGAGCUUGAAUAAGCUCAGUCUGCAGCCAGAUGUAUAAUUAAUUCUGACUUAAAAUUUUCCUAUCACUUCCCUUGAAAUGAUUAACUCUUCUCUUUGGCACUAACCUGUUAAGGGAUUGACAAUGCAGUCGGUAACCUUUGAACUCCAGGGUAUUUUGUACUGAUUUUACUAAAUACAAUCCGAUUUAAGAAACUUGUGUAUUUCUUAAACACGUUUGUAUGGCUCAUGUUCCAUUCCAGUUAUAACAUUCUAUAACCUUUGAAUUGCAGCAACUCAGCCAGUUACAUUUUCAGAGUAGGAGUCCUACUUCCUUUAUUUCCUCUAAGUAGAAGCUGAGUUGUUACCAUUUCAAAAUUUCUGCAAAACAGAUCCCUCUUCAUAUGUUAGUAUGAGAGGCCUGGGCCAUGGAAGAUAGAAGUGAGGGUAAACCCCAACCAAACCCACUGCUGUCAAGUCGAUUCUAACGCAUAGCAACCCUGUAGGACAGGGUAGAACUGCCCCAUAGCGUUUCCAAGGCUAUAAAUCUUUACGGAAGCAGACUGCCACCUUUCUCCCGCGGCGCGGCUGGUGGGUGCAAACCGCCAACCUUUGGGUUAGCAGCCAAGUGCUUUAACCACUGCACCACCAGGGCUCCUAGAAGUGAAGACGCGAGACAGCAAAUUUUAUUCAGAAAGUAAGUACUUAGUAAAUGAGAGCACGGCAGCGUCGAUGAGCACUUUAGGGACGCUCCAGGUUUUAAGGCAGAAGUUGAAACCGUAAUGGGCAAAAUACGAAACAUCAUCCUGAGCUGCAAGAUCUAUAGGAGGAAAGAGGAACCAAUGAGAAGAAACGAAAAUAUUCAGGAUACAUGCAGCAGUACCAGAUUCUACACCCUUUUUCAUGCUAACAUUCUUGACCCACUAAUGGGAUGUGAAAUUUAAUGGGUCAUAACUGUCAUAUUUAAAUGAAAAAAAUGUGUCACACAUGUAUAUCAUGAAUUAGAUUGUCGUGCAAAAUGUAUUUCUUACUGUGGGUUAAAACCUAAAACCUGCUGUAACUGUGGGUUACAGUCAAAAAAGUCUGAAAGGCUUUGUUCUGGAACGCACCAUGGCUGCUAAAAACACAGCAUCAACAGAUUUGGAAGAUACUGGCCAAUUCCAAAUAAAGAAUUUGACAGUAAAAAGAAGCAAGUGGAAUGAAGAGACUUGGGCAAGAUUUGAAGAUCUGAAAGUAUAUUCAAUCUUCGUUUUACUUUUCUUCACACAAAUUGUGUUCCUUGCUUCUUCUCUACUCUCCUAAUGGCCUGUUCCAUCAGUAAUAACCCUAGAGGCUGCUCUCAGCUGCCAUUCUGAACAGGCCUGAGAAACAAGUCUCUGCAGUCCCCUAGAAGAACCGUACUCUCAGAGCGUCAGCUGGUGUCCACACACACCUCCCACGUAGUGACUAGCUUUAGCCAUUUACAAAAAGCAAAAACACAGUCUCAUUUGCUCCUAAAGUUCUCAACCCUAAAAACAGAUUUCUCUUUCAAGUGAGAGUUCUUGAAAGAAGGAAAUUUUCCUUAUUCUAGGAGAGCAUGGUGGCACUUUUUAAUGUCUCUCAAGAGAUGGUAGUGAGAAGACAAGGUUAUUCCCAGAAGUAUGAAAAGCAGUCAGGUGCAUCUCGUUUUGAGAAGAGACAUGUUUCACCAGCAAAUAGUGAAUCCAGUAGGGGCCAUAAACAUGUAACCUUGUUUGUGUCAAUACUCUCUUUUCCUUGAUUAGCUUGUAGAGUGUGCAGCCAACCUGGAAAUUAUAAUACCAGUAUAAGUGUCCAGUUUCCUCGUUAAUCAUCAACACUGCCCUUUAAAACCACCAAUCCUGCCUGGAAAACCAUUCACUCCCAUUGCCAUUUGAGCAAAUAACUGUUUUGAUAGGUACCAAAAUGGAAAGUGUAUGGGCUACAGAGUUUGAUUAAAAGUCAACUGAAUUCCAUCAGUCAUCUUUUUCUUUUAUUAAAAGGAGUAUUCCAAGCAAAAGGGUCCUCCUUUAGCUGAUUUUAAGAAGUCAGGUUUCCUCCUCUAACCACUGUCAUUACAGCCAUUCACAUGAAGUUAUGCAGCCUUGCAGGCAUUAAACUCUAGCAAUAAUCUCCUUCACUCUCACUCUCUGCGGGAACUUAGGAAAGCUACUUACUGCUGUGUGUGUCUUCCCUGCAAGUAAUGGAUGAGAGGUCACAGGCACUUUAUAGGAUAUCUGAGGAGUUUACGAGAGAAGUAUGACAUGAUUUAGAGAGUAAAUCAGAAGUGUUCUCAGACCUAGCUUUUGAGUUUUGCUUUAAGUGGCAGGUAAUUCAGAUCAGGUACAGAAGAAAACAGGGAGUGUCUGUACAGAAGCAGUGCUAUAGUCCCAUGUUCCACUGGUGAACUCUACUGUUUGUUUUUAAUCAACUCUUUAGAGCCUGCUCCUUCUGUCUCAAUUCUAGCAAAUGAAAUCUCACCUGACGCUUUGGAAGGGCAAGGCUGCAGCUGGCAAGUUAAAUAACAAAAGGAACUCUGGACAGCUGAGUAAAUUUCAGGGAUAAACUUGGAUAAAAAAACAUUUAUUAGAUUGUAAUCAUAUUCUGUAUUUGGUGAUGAUGAAAUUAGACUUGAAUUUUAUUUGUAAAAGCCUCUUUUAAGACACCUGCACCUCGAAAUUUUAAUAUAUAGGCUGGAAAUACACUCUCUAAAGGCCUCUCAUGCCAGCUGAUCAUAAUGCAAAAGAGAACUCACAUUGGUGAUUAGGAUUUUAGGACAUAAACAGCCAUUCUUCUUUUAAGCUUAAAAGGUCUUAGAAUUAUCUUCUUUUCUGCAUAAAAGUAAAUGAAUCAACAACUAUGACACAUCAGUUACCCAACUUAUAAAAUGGGGAUCAAAAUAGUUCAGAUUAUUGUCUAAGGAUUAAAUAACAUGUACAUGCAAACAUGCAAACAUUCAUCAAUAACUGGAACAAGGAAUGUAGAAGUAUGAAUCUAGGGAAAUUGGAAGUCAUCAGAAAUGAAAUGGACUGCAUAAAGAUCGAUAUCAUACGCAUUAGUGAGCUGAAAUGGACCGGUCUUGGCCAAUUUUGAAUCGUAUAAUCAUAUGGUCUCCUAUGCCAGGAAUGACAGGUUGAAGAGGAAUGACAUCGCAUUCAUCAUCAAAAGGAACAUUUUAAGAUCUAUUCUGAAGUACAGCGCUGUCAGUGAUACAGUAAUACAUGUAUGCCUAAAAGGAAGACCAGUUACUACGACUAUUAUUCAGAUUUACGCACCAACCACUAAUGUCAAAGAUGAGGAAACUGGAAGAUUUUUCCCACCUUCUGCAGUCUGAAAUUGAUCAAACAUGCAAUCAAGAUGCAUCAGUAACUACUGGUGAUGGGAAUGCAGAAGUUGGAAACAGAAGAAGGAUUGGUAGUUGAAAAAUAUGGCCUUGGUGAUAGAAAUCACACCAGAGAUCACAUGAUAGAACUUUGCAAGACCAACAACUUCUUUGAUGCAAAUAACCUUUUUUCAACAACAUAAAUGGCAUCUAUACACAUGGACCUCACUCGAUGGAGUACACAGGAAUCAAACCGACAUCUGUGGAAAGAGACUGUGGAGAAGCUCAGUAUCAUCAGUCAGAACAAGGCCAGGGACUGACUGCAGAGUAGACCAUCAGUUGCUCAUAUGCAAGUUCAAAUUGAAGCUGAAGAAAAUUAGAGCAAGUCCACAAGAGCCAACAUAUAACCUUGGGUAUAUUCCACCUGAGCUUAGAGACCACCUCAAGAAUAGAUUGGACACACUGAACACUAAUGACAGAAGAUCAGACAAGUUGUGGAAUGACAUCAAGGACAUCAUACACGAAGAAAGCAAAAGGUCAUUAAAAAGCAGGAAAGGAAAAGACCAAAAUGGAUGUCAGAAGAGACUCUGAAACUUGUUCUUUAACAUAGACUAGCAAUGUGAACAGAAGACUUCAGAUGGCAGCUCGAGAAAACAAAGUAAAGGAUUGAAAUGAAAUAUGCAAAGACCUAGAGUUAGAAAACCGAAAGGGAAGAACACACUUGGCAUUUCUCAAGCUGAAAGAACUGAAGAAAAAAAUUCAGGCCUUGAGUUGCAACAUUGGAGGAUUCUACAAAGAAAAUAUUAAACAAGGCAGGAAGCAUCAAAGAAGAUUAAAGGAAUACACAGAGUCAUUGUACCAAAAAGCAUUGGUUGACAUUAUUUCAGGAGGUAGCAUAUGAUCAAGAACGAAUGCUACUGAAGAAAGAGGUCCAAGCUGCACUGAAGGCAUUGGCAAAAGACAAGGCUCCAGGAAUUGACGGAAUACCAAUUGAGAUGUUUCAACAAAUAGAGGGAGUGCUGGAGGCGCUCACUCAUCUAUGUCAAGAAGUUUGGAAGACAGCUUCCUGGCCAACUUACUGGAAGAGAUCCAUAGUUGUGUACAUUCCAAAGAAAGGUGGUCCAACAGAACGGGGAAAUUAUCCAACAAUAUCAUUAUUAUCACAUGCAAGGAAAAUUUAGGUGAAGAUCAUUCAAAAAUGGUUGCAGGAGUACAUUGACAAGGAACUGCCGAUUGUUCAAGCCAGAUUCAGAAGAGGACGUGGAAGAAGGGGUAUUACUGGUGAUGUCAGAUCGAUCUUGGGUGAAAGCAGAGAAUACCAGAAAGAUGUUUACCUGUGUUUUAUUAAUUAUGCAAAGGCAUUCAACUGUGUGGGUCAUAAUAAAUUAUGGAUAAUACUGCAAUGGGAAUUCCAGAACACUUAAUUGUGCUCAUGCAGAACCCGUACAUAGACCAAGAGGCAGUCUUUCGAACAGAACAAGGGGAUACUGUGUGGUUUAAAGUCAGGAAAAGUGUGCAUCAGGGUUGUAUCCUUUCACCAUGCUUAUUCAGUCUGUAUGCUGAAUAAUACGAGAAGCUGGACUGUAUGGAGAACGGGGCAUCAGGAUUAGAGGAAUGCUCAUUAACAACCUGCGUUAUGCAGAUGACAAAACCUUGCUUGCUGAAAGUGAAGAGGACUUGAAGCACUUACUAAUGAAAAUCAAAGACUAUAGCCUUCAGUAUGGAUUACACCUCAACAUAAAUAGAAAUCCUCACAACUGGACCAAUAAGCAACAUCAUGAUGAACGGAGAAAAGACUGAAGUUGUCAAGGAUUUCAUUUUACCCGGAUCCACAAUCAACGCCCGUGGAAGUAGUAGUCAAGAAAUCAAACAGCGUAUUGCAUUGGGCAAAUCUGCUGCAGAAGACCUCUUUAAAAUGCUGAAAAGAUGUCACUUCGAGGACUAAGGUGCACCUGACCCAAGCCAUGAUAUUUUCAAAAUGACUUCAUAUGCAUGCAAAAGCUGGACAGUGAAUAAGGAAGACCAAAGAGUUAACAUCUUUGAAUUAUGGUGUUGGCGAGGAACAUUGAAUAUACCAUGGACUGCCAGAAUGAACAAACCUGUUGUGGAAGGCAGAAUGCUCCUUUGAAACAAGGAUGUUGAGACUUUGUCUUACGUACUUUGGACAGGUUAUCAAGAGGGACCAGUCCCUGGAGAAGGACAUCAUGCUCGGUAAAGUAGAGGGUCAGCGAAAAAGAGGAAGACCCUCAAUGAGAUGGACUGACACAGUGGCUGCAACAGUGGGCUCAAGCAUAACAAUGAUGGUGAGGAGGGUGCAGGACUGGACAGUGUUCUGUUCCAUUGUACAUAGGGUUGUUGUGAGUCAGACCUGACUUGAUGGCACCUACCAACAACAGCACAGUGUCUGGAACUAAAAACAUGCAACAAAUGAUAGCCAUUAUUGUUACAUCUGCACGUGAAAAGCAAGAGCAAAGCAAGGUAUCUGGGAAGAAGUGAGAGAAGGCUGAGGAGAACUAUCAAGGCACCAUGAGACCAGUGUUGCCAAAGCUUAAGGCAGAAUUUUGCAAAGGCGGGAGAGGUCAGCACUAUCCAAUGCACUAACUAUCCAGUGUGGUCAAGAUGGGAAGAAGGGCAAGAACGUAAGAAGAAACCAUUACAGGAAGUUCAUCAAAGUUGUCAGGCUGAAGCCACCCUGAAAAGAGUGGAGAAGUGCCAAGAAAAGUGAUAGGUGGCUGAACUCAAACUCAGAAAAUAAUGAAAACAGAGACCAGCUAUUCCCAUAUGAGCUCCUAUGCCCCUUCUCCUGUUGUCCAAAUUUUCCAUAUUGGUUUAAACUCAAUUUGAAAAAGUCCAGGGUAUGUUCAGAGAUAAAAAAUUAAAAAAACAAAAAUAAAUAAGAGCUGCUAUUACCACUUCCUGGGAAUUUCCUCUUCCUGCAACUGCCAGGGCUAUCCUGGCCCUACCCCACAGCCCUAAGGCACAGUCUGGGCGCAGGGUCCACUCGGUGCUGUGCUCUGCACAUGCUGCCUGACUGCUGGCCCACCGUGAACCCCGAGCAGUGCCUGGAGAGCAGCCAGCACCAGGGCCAGGAGGCAGAGUUUCACUUCUGCAAAAGGAUAACUCUUUGUAAUACCUGACUCCAGAUGUGGUGGCCUUAUAUCUUUAGUGAGCUGGCUGCGGGGAACUUGGUGUUUAUCACAUAACACUUUCUGACGCCUCAUUUCAGUCAAGGCAGCUGAAUAUGAUUCUGUACCUUGUACCAGUUUGAUAUUAAAACACCAUUUCUCUGGGACAGAUGUAUUAAAAAGAUGCCUCCCAGCAGCCAAUUUCUGAGCCAUACAGGAGGGGUUGUUUUUUGCACUUGUUUCCCAAGAUCUCAGUAAUGCCAAAUUCAAGUCCAGCCAGCUGUAAAAAUUCUAAGAUGAGAACCUCACGCUAAGUAGGAAGAUUUCGAAUUCAAAGGCAGGACUGCAGCAGAUCAAUGACCAGCCUUAAAACGGCAGAAACAGAUGAAUGAGAUAAUACAUGGACAAGCGUUCCCAACAAGUUACACUGGAUUCUGCUCUCAGGGAGGAAAAAACAAAUGUCAUAUGAACAAAUUGCCAGUGCACAAGCAUCACCGUCGUUCCUACUAGUCUUGACAUCAUUUUAGAUAUUUCGUUAAAACGGCUAAGUCUUUUGCUUAAUAUGUAUUUGUAUAUAUAUAUAUAAAAGUAUAUAUGUGUGUGUGUAUACAUAUCUGUGUAUGUUUGGAAAAGAACUGUGAUAUUACCACACUGGAGACAGAGAUUUCUGUGCACAAUAUAAUCCAUUCUCCUCAGAAUCGGGCAACUUAGGAAUGUUUUUCCAAAAAAAAAAAAGCUGAUGUUAACUGAAACCCUGAUCACACUUACCAACACGGGACAUCAGAACGUACCAAUAGUGGUAUUUUGAUU